GAACAGCCCAUUGGACCAGGGGCUGGUAAGCUUGAGCAGGCUCGAGCCCAGUUGGCCACCGCUUCAAACGACUAGCUUAAUUUGAGGAGGUAGCGUCCUGUUAAGUACUGCAGUACAGUUACUAUUCUCAAGCACGGAAGGUGUUUGACAAAAGGCCCAGCUGAAUAACUAAACAGGUGGGUUCAUGGUAAUUUCUGGUGGCAUCAUGGAGAACGAAGAAAAGACUGAGCUUGCCGGGUUUCUGAAAACUUUACCCCCUGUAGAGUUUGGUUGUGUGUAUGGUUCCACGCUCCAUCCAAAUAACUCUGACAAGUCUUCAAUGGUGGAUUAUAUCCUUGGCGUGGCAGAUCCUGUAAAAUGGCAUUCAGAGAAUCUGAAAUUGAAUAGAAGUCAUUAUGCCUCGUGGAUGGUUCACCUUGGGGGAGCAAAACUGAUCACUGAAGUUGCAGAUGGCAUCGGUGUAGGAGUGCACUUCAACCCUUUUGUUACUUGGAAUGAGAAGAUGCUCAAAUAUGGGGUUGUUAGAAUGCAUGAUCUGGUUGAAGACGUUCUAAAUUGGCAGAGGUUUUACAUAAGUGGUCGAUUACAGAAACCAGUUCGUGUACUUCUGGACAAUUUGGAUGUUGAGAAUUUAAAUGCCGCUAAUCUUAGGGCUGCAGUCGCUGCUGCUCUCCUCAUUUUACCAUCUAAAUUCAAUGAGGAAGAUCUCUAUUCGACGAUAUGUAGCUUGUCCUACAUGGGUGACUUACGUAUGCUUUUCGCAGAGGACAAAAACAAGGUUAAGAAAAUUGUGCAAGGACAAUUCUAUUUGUUCAGUUCAAUGUAUAAGCCAUUCAUUGAAGAAUACGAGGCAAAGGAGAUACUAAGAGUCUCUUCAAUUGGUGGACAACAAAAGUCUCUCUCUCAGGACUAUUGUCUGCCAGCAACACGAUCUCUUGUUUGCUCUCUACCUCCGCUGAUCAGAAACAAAAUGGGGACACAGCUAGGAGAGAAGAAGAUAAUUGGCGAUUCAGGUCGGGUUGUACAGGAAGUAGUCUUCAGUUCAAGAGAAGAGGCUGCAAGAAGCAUGCAGAAGGUGGUGAGGCGUACAGUAAUGGUUUCCAGCUUAAGGCAGGCAGUCUCUGGCGUCGUGGCUGCCGGAGGAAUGAAUGCUGGUAGAUACCUUGCCAAUAAGGUGCGCAAGGCUUGGAAAUCAUGGAUAUAGUACAUCACCACAUCAUUCAACCAUUUUCCCUUCAUUCUUUUCUCAUGUUUCUUCCAACUCUAGAAUUUGGAUACUUGGUAGAUUUUUCACUCUUUUGCUACGAACUUAUAAAGUAGGUUAGGUGCCUGGAAUGUUGAAAAUUAGCGACACAACAAUGGCUUACUUGUAUCUGUAGUCUGCUGGCCAUUUUUCAUUUUGUUAUCAGUCAUUGUAUCUGUAUGUGACAUUUUCGCUGCAGCCUCCAAGUAAUCCAUCAAGUCAGGAUAGCAAGCUGAACUUCUG